AUGAAGUUAAUUUGUUCUACUUUGACCGCUAUCAGUCUUUUUUCUUCCCAAGCCCUAGGCGCACCAGUCUAUAAUACCAAUUCGACAGAGGAGCUUCAAACUGCGGUGUCUGGAGACGUAUUCGGAUGGUCACAUCCUACUUUUCCAGAGCUUUACCAUACGUGUAACGACACCAAUGUCAGAAUGCUUAAUGCUGCACUAAAAGACAGUGUGGAAGUCUCAGCCUACGCGAAACAGAGACUAUUAAAAUAUGGUGUUGAUGAUGUCUAUUACACCAGAUGGUUUGGAAAUGGAAGUAUUUUCACCGUCAUGGGUGUGUUUGACCAACUUGUUGAGGCGUCAAAGAAUGACCUUUUGUUGAGAUGUGACGAUAUUGAUGGUUUGUGUGCUGCACAUCCGGACACUUAUCCAGGUUACCAUCGUACCUCAGCUCCUUCAGAAACUGUAAUCUGUGAUUAUUUCUACACUUCCAAAAAGCCUUUGUCAUCAAUUUGUUUUGACGGAUCUAUCGUUGACGUUGGCCCAAAACACUACGCAGGUAUUGAUCUGUUACAUCGCUAUUUGCAUAUUGCAGCUAUGAACCAAAGAGAAGUAAGUGAAUUGGUUGAGGAGUUGAAUGAGAUCGUAGCCUACGCUGCAGAUAAUGCCACUUACGCUGUGAAGAAUACUGACAACUACCUCCAUUAUAUGGCCGAUGUUUAUAGUUCUUCAGUCGUAGCGGGCGGUUGCUUGGGAAAUCUCUCGUGA